ACUCGGUUUCCACAGAAAAAGUCACCCCAGCUGUAGUAGAGUCCGCUUUUCUUCCCCGACCAGUCCACUUUAUCACCGAAUAUAAAGCUGCUGCUUCUUCUUCUCUCUCUACAGCCAAUUUCACCUGCUGCUGUUGUUGCUGCUGCUCACACCACAAAAACCAAUUUCUCUGCAACUUUUGUUUCCUUUCAAGUAGGUUUUGAAAGAUGGCUGAUGGUGAGGAUAUUCAACCUCUUGUUGUUGACAAUGGAACUGGAAUGGUCAAGGCUGGUUUUGCUGGUGAUGAUGCUCCUAGGGCUGUCUUCCCCAGCAUUAUUGGGCGACCUCGUCACACGGGUGUGAUGGUUGGAAUGGGUCAGAAGGAUGCUUAUGUGGGUGAUGAAGCCCAGUCAAAAAGGGGUAUCCUCACCUUGAAGUACCCUAUUGAGCAUGGAAUUGUCAGUAACUGGGAUGAUAUGGAAAAGAUUUGGCAUCACACGUUUUACAAUGAGCUUCGCGUUGCCCCUGAAGAACACCCUGUGCUUCUUACUGAGGCACCACUCAAUCCCAAGGCCAACAGAGAGAAGAUGACCCAAAUUAUGUUUGAAACUUUCAAUGUGCCUGCCAUGUAUGUUGCAAUUCAGGCUGUCCUGUCUUUGUAUGCCAGUGGACGUACUACAGGUAUUGUGCUUGAUUCCGGUGAUGGUGUGAGCCACACAGUGCCCAUAUAUGAAGGGUAUGCACUUCCCCAUGCAAUUCUUCGGUUGGACCUUGCAGGUCGUGAUUUAACAGAGUACUUGGUGAAAAUCCUUACUGAGAGAGGAUACUCCUUCAAUACCUCUGCUGAGAAGGAAAUUGUCCGUGAUGUGAAGGAGAAAUUAGCAUAUGUUGCCCUUGAUUUUGACCAAGAAAUGGAAACUACUAAGACUAGUUCAGCAGUGGAGAAGAGCUAUGAAUUGCCUGAUGGACAGGUCAUUACAAUAGGUGCUGAGCGAUUCCGAUGCCCUGAAGUACUCUUCCAGCCUUCUCUAAUUGGUAUGGAAGCUCCAGGAAUUCAUGAAACUACAUACAACUCCAUCAUGAAAUGUGAUGUUGAUAUCAGGAAGGAUCUUUAUGGAAAUAUCGUGCUCAGUGGUGGGUCCACUAUGUUCCCUGGAAUUGCUGAUCGGAUGAGCAAAGAAAUUAGUGCACUUGCUCCAAGCAGCAUGAAGAUCAAGGUAGUUGCACCCCCUGAGAGGAAGUACAGUGUUUGGAUCGGUGGUUCUAUCUUGGCAUCACUUAGCACCUUUCAGCAGAUGUGGAUUUCAAAGGGUGAAUAUGAUGAAUCUGGACCUGCUAUCGUUCAUCGGAAGUGCUUCUAAUCGGGUCAAGUUGAGAAGGAUCAAGGAUGAUGAUCAAGUUCUUAAUGCACCGUGUCUUGUGCCAUAUUGGAGUCAAGUUUGGUUGACUUAUUUGAUUCUUGAGAUUUUUAAUAGAGCUGUAUCUAGUUUAAUGGAUGAAUUGGUUUUUAAGUUGAGUAUGUUUUUUAUUAGGUCCUUGGAAGCUGGACUAUUCUAUGCAGGUGGAAGAUUGUAUUGGAUUUUAGUAGGUUGUUUGGUUUGAUUUUCCUUUAAUUCAUUUUUCAUGUCUUGGCCAUCAAUUUGGGUGCCUAGACCUUGGAGAAUGAUAAGUUUUUAGGAUCUUUCCCUCUCAAACUCAAACAGGGAUUUUGGAGUCAGCUUUUGUUUAUAUUUAUUUUUAUGCUCAAGUGGGUUUUAUGUUUGCAGAGCACUCUGUUUAGACAGAAUAUGCGUUGUUGCCUUUCUCUAUUGUAUGAUAUAUGAUAUGAUAUUAUUUGAUUA